UGUGUUUCAUGGUAAAAUUCUGACUGAGGAGGCUGCAAAAAUUUUUCUGUCGUGAAUUUUCACUCAAAAUCCACCCUCGUGUUGUGAAAUUUCGCACAAAAAGGACCCUCGUGUGGUGUAGGUGGUAAAGUGCAUGAAAAAUUGCGUGUGAAGUGUACGUGAGUAUUGGGAAAAGUGUUUGGAAAAAAGUGACUCCACAACGAUGACUUGACAUUUGCACCUUUUUUCGGAAAGUGUGCAGGUGAUACCGAUGAGAGUGUAAAUUGCGGGAGAGAGAGAAGAAAGAAGAGGAGUGAUCAUCAAGACAAUAUUCGUGUCCAUAUGCUGAAACAUGGAAUCUUCUCAGUUGACUGCCCAAAAGAUAAUGCUGAAGGGCAAAGGAGCGGCGGCCGCCUUCAUAAAUGCCGACUGCACGUCAAAUCGCGGUGGGCACAGUGUCCAUCUCGAUAUCCUGCUGGACAAUCUGCUAGAUCCUGAAAAGUCCAUUGACAACAGUGAGACAAUCGAAUGGUGCAAGUGGCUCAUAGCAGGUGGAAGAACACCCAGCGAAUUCUCCGCCAUUGUUCGUGGCUUCGAUAAUCACGCCAAAUGCGGCCUCGUAUGGAUCCCCCAUGUGGUGGCGUAUCGAUGUCGGACCUGUGGUAUCUCUCCCUGCAUGUCAAUAUGCCGGGAGUGCUUCAAGAAGGGCGAUCAUUCGACGCAUGACUUCAAUAUGUUCCUGUCGCAGGCGGGCGGCGCCUGCGAUUGCGGGGACACGUCCGUAAUGAAGGCGGAGGGUUUCUGCACGGACCAUGGGAUCAAUUAUUGUGCCAACAAUGCUCCCGUACCAGAUGAUCUAAUGUCGGUAGCGGAGGCGAUCAUGCCGCGUCUUCUUCUGCGGCUGCUUCAGCAUUUCCGGGAGAAUGGUAACAUCCGUGCUGCUGAUGCAUCCUACAGCUACAGCAAGGCAGCCAAUGAGUGCGAUGAAUACUGCAGUAUGUUAAUGGAAUUUAACAACAUGGGCGAAUUGAUGCGGCGAGUCAUGACCAGAGCAUUAAUUAAUCCAGAGCUGUACAAGCAAUUAGUCGAACCACCAUUUCCUGAUAAUAAAUACGGGAGAUAUUUGGCGUCGAGUAAGAAAAAGUAUGAAGAUGCUGUCAAGGCAUUUCCAAGUCCUGAACCACCAGAUGAGUACGAACAUCUCCCGGCACUUGGAAGGACGAUAGCACACAUAACAUUGCUGCAGGAAUUCAUCUUUUGGACAUUUAAAUUUGAAUUUCCGCAGAAUAUCGUUUGUUUCCUGCUCAAUAUGUUGCCUGAUCAAGAUUACAAGGAACAUCUGACACGGACAUUUGUGAUGCAUUACAGCCGUAUUCCCAGUGUUUUGGAAAUGUCCAAAGAUCCAGACACAUUGAGCAAUAGGGUGGUGCACAUGAGUGUUCAAUUGUUCUCUAAUGAGAGUCUAGCACUGAAAAUGGUCGAAGAAUUGAGUUUACUACACGUUAUGAUAAUUAGUCUCAAAUUAAUGAUGUCGAAAAUUCUCAUUUUGAACACUCUUCAUGACCCUGACAAGAAUUUUCACUUUGUCAUCGACUGCGCUAAGCGUGUGAUGAAGGAACAUUGCUACUGGCCCCUUGUAUCGGACUUCAACAAUGUUCUCUCACACGAAUCCGUGGCGCUUGUCUUUCUGCGCGACGAUAAUCUCAUUGAUAUGUGGUUUCAAUUCCUCUCAAUGCUCCAGGGGAUGAAUGUGAAUGUCCGCGAGACGGGGAGUCAUGUUGAAUUUGAACCAAGCUCCUACUAUGCUGCCUUUUCGUGCGAACUUGAGGCCAGUGCGUAUCCAAUGUGGUCAAUUAUUUCGCACCUCCGUGAUUCGGCACAUGCUGAUCUUGCGAAGAAAAUUAUGAGUGUGUGUGUGAGCUACCUUCAAGACUGGAUAGAAGCAAUUAAUUUUACUCAUCCAAAAAUUGAAAAGAAUGAAAUGAUGCACGCUUCUUUUCACUUUCCCCUGCAUCGGUACCUUGCCGCGUUCACAUGUCAAGCUGUUAGAACAAUGGGAAUGCCACUAAAAGACAUUCUGCCAUCGGAAGAUCUGAAACUUCUCAUGAUGCACCCAUUGCGUGUUCAGAGUCUCUUCUAUGAGAUCCUUUCGAGUAUUUGGGUACGAAAUGGCCUUCAGAUUAAAGGUCAAGCAAUGACCUACAUUCAGGCAAACUUCUGCAACUCAAUGGUGGAUAUGGAUUUAUUCUUUCUCCAAUUGUGCGCCACCCACAUCCCAGCUGAGACUUUUCUCACAACGGCAAUUGAUGUGUUUGGUGUAUCGGAGUGGCUUGGUAUGGGACCCCUGACGUCGCCGCAGGAAAUUGAACAGGAUUCAAUGCUUGAGGGGCUCCUAACUUUCAUUGCAACCCUCGUGACGUCUCGCACGAAUUUGGGUAAUGACGAACCGACGCAGUGUAAGAUUGAGAUUAGUGCUCUCCUAGCAACGGGUGACAGGACGCACAGUCAGCUACUUGAGCUGAUGCCGGAGAGAUCGGGGAAUGCGCACACGAGGAAUUUUGAGAAUUUCCUCAAGGAACUCUCGGUGUAUCGUCCACCACCAGUGGGAUCGGAAAAUCUCGAGCAGGGUCUCUUUAUUCCGGUUCCAGAGGUGUGGGAGAAAUUCUACGAUCCACUCCAUGUUCUUCUGCGUGCGGUGCAUAGGAGGGAUUUUCAGAAUUCAAUGGAUAGAUUUAGUAAUUAUGUGAAGCAAGAGCAAAAGAUGCCUAAAAGUGGAAAUCUCUGGCCACCAUUUCGCUUACCAGCACCAGUUGGGGAGGCAUACAGUGAUCCGAGUUCCCUUUUGACGUCACGUGUCUUUCAUGCAACAAUUCUCAGCAUCUUCCAUCGAGCUGUUCAUUCGCACAACGUUUCGGAGCACUUGCUUGCUCUGGCGGUGUUCCUGCUGGAGAUUGCCGUGACAAAUACGGAGAAAUGGUCACGGAGUUCAGUUGUUGAACGUGGUCGGGGGCAUGCUGCGGCUAGGAGUGCUCGAGAUCCACCUGAGCUGCUAAACUGCUACCCUGGAGAUUGUCUCAGUGAAAAUCUCAGGCAUAUUGUAACGCGUGUCUCGCUAACACCACCCGAACCACAAGUUUCCCCGGCAAACUACAACACCACGACGUUUGAUAGUGACCUAGAUUGGGAUGUUUCGGAAAGUGACACACUGCCAAUGCUGGUGAGUGGCAAUGAAAUGGACUACUCCAACACCUCCGUUGUCAUCAUACCGUCCAAUAGAGAGGUGGCUGUUCCGCAGGAUUUAUCUAUUGUACGACCAGACAUGAAUAUGCUGGAGGAUACUUCGUCAACGCAUUCAUUGCCACCACUUCCACUAGCGGAAUCCAUGCAAGCCAUUACGGAGUAUCCAAUUAGGCUGGCACUGCCCUCUUCGCGUGAACCCGAGAGUCGAAUGGAGGUUGCCAUUCGGAGAGAUUUGGGUUUAGCUGCUGGUGAAACAAGCCGUAGCACGAGUGAGAUGUUCUCACCGACAAAUAGCAAUGGUACAGGUAUGAUUCUACCCUUUCAACGUGUUCAACCAGUAGCUGUGCCAAGUCGGAAUCUCGAUGUUGUGGCCGCAAGUUCAGCGGGUCCACGUCGUUUAGCCAACAAGAAGCGUCAAGUUGAAGGGGUGAAUGCAUCAGAUUCUGAUACUAUUGUCAUUGAAGAGAGCAUUAUAUCGCUCCUGUUGAAGCUUCAUUCGCAACUUAGUGGUACCCUUGAUAGUUUCUCCCUGGAAGAAGGCACGGAAAGAGAUGGAGAAGCUGAGGCUGGACCGUCUAGUCAGAGUAUGCCGUCUACAUCGAGUGGUGUAACAGCACCUUCAACGUCAGCUUGUGCACAACAACUGUUGCCAGAUUCACGUAUCGGUGAUGGUCCGUACUUUAUUGGGAAUGUUCUGCGGAAGAUUGCCAAAAUGGAUGAUGCUUGUGCUGCCAAUAUUAAUGACAUUCGCAGGAAACUGUGGCCGAACCAAAGAGAACGUCAAGCGGAGCAGAGGGCACGUGAAGUGCGUGAGAAGGAGGAGCGCAGUAAGCGUGCCAAAGAGCGUCAACAGAAGCUAAUGCAGGAAUUUGCGAAUAAGCAAAAGCAAUUUAUGGCAAUGGCGGCUGAAGCAAUGGAUUGCUGUGACGAAGAUGAGGAAGUUGAGGAGGCCCGUGAGAAGGAGUAUGUGUGUAUUAUAUGCAAUCGUACGAGCCCAAGUACGGAGAGUGAUCCAAUUGGGCUUGUUGUGUUGGUGGAAUCGAGUAGUGUUGUGGGGCAUCGAAGGAAGACGUCGGAGCGCUUUGCAUUGCCACUGAGUGAUCAGGAGAAGAAUCGUCCGGGACGAAAUGUGAGACUUGCACAUGAAUUCAAUAGACGCACAGAGAUUCUUACGUGGAAAUUCGGUGAGACAUCGUGGUAUUUGUCGAAUAAUCUCGCCUGGGAGGGUGGUGUACACGUACAAUCGUGUGGUCAUCAUGUGCAUCUCACCUGCCACGAGGCGUACCUUUCGUCGCUGUUCUCAUCGCAACGCCCGCAGAAUUUGAAUGUGGAACGUGGGGAAUUCCUCUGUCCGGUGUGUAGGCAACUAUCAAAUUCCGUGUUACCCCUUAGUCCGCAACUUGAUCGCCCGACACCAAUUGUACGUGUCCCAGCACCACCCUAUGUCACUCUAGUCACAGAACUCACUACCCUUAUUAUGGAGAAUGAACGCCCGAGGAUGUCAACGAAGCUUUCUGAGGCAAUGGGUAGAGCCAUGGAGGACAUGACAAAUAGUACCCAACGCAAAGCCAAGAGAGUCUCACCAACAUUGAAAAGUUUCUUCCUCUUUGUCACCUCUAUUGCCCGUACGAAUCUCGAGGCGGAGAUCAUUCAACGUGGAGGAUCACUCUGUACCGAUGAUUCGGUACGAUAUAAACCCAAAAGAGACUGCAUAGUUCCACUCCUUCAUGUUCUAUCGGUGCAUGUGAGGGUGAUGAUUGAGUGGCCAAUGUGGCAAUCUUGGGCAAAACUCUGUGGGAUUCCUCUCACGGAUGAAGCCCCCGUGCCGGUGUAUUUUGACGAAAUAAUACCAAGCCUCCUUGCUGAUCCAUGUGCGCUUAUGCUUAAAUUUAUUCUUCUAGCUCCUCUUCAUUUAGAUCUUGCCUAUUUCACGUGCAUCGUAAAGGCAAUGUUCAAUUUACUUUACUACCAAGUUGUGCUGCAAAUUUGUGUAACACUCACGGAAUUUGAGUGUAAUGACAUAAUGGAACGAUGGGAUGUUGCAGAUGGUGAACAAAUUGAGAAUCUUGGUAUGGCAUUGGCAUUUGUUCUCAAGCACACAGAUCGAUGUCGUCGUUUGCGGAGGGAGUGUGUUGUCGAUGAAACAGUACCGUCAACGAGUCGUGUGAAUUUACAAGCAAUGGAACAGCAAUUGCAACGUCUUUGUCUCCCAUUUUUACGCAUUGCUGCCCUUUUGCGGCAUCAUCUGUACCAUCAAGAGCUACCUGAUGUUGCAUCGCCACACCUUGAGUUUGUGCGUUUGGUGUAUUUCCUUGAAUUGGUGACCAUUGGAAUGGACUGGGAGGUGUUUAAUGGCGCAAAAGCCCUCUGUUUCGUACCAGGAACAGACAAAUCACUCCCAGCACGAUGGUGUGAACAAUUUAUGGAUAUUAGACCGCCGUAUAAUCUCCUACAGGAGCUUGUUGUCAAUCAGUAUGCUGUUUGGUAUCAACCGAGACUUUUGCAACUGCCACGCGAAUAUGAAAGACUCUUCACGUAUUACCACGAGCAAACUUGCCAAAAAUGCCACCAAGUUCCUCUGGAAAGUUCAAUAUGCCUUCUAUGUGGUACAAUUGUGUGCCUAAAACAACAAUGCUGCAAAGAUCAGGAGUGCUGUGAGGCUGUAAGGCAUUCAAUAACAUGCGGAGGAGGGACUGGAAUAUUUCUGGUUGUAACAUCGACGUAUAUAAUUGUUAUUCGAGGACGACGAGCCUGCCUGUGGGGAUCACUCUAUCUGGAUGACUACGAUGAAGAGGAUCGUGAUUUGAAGCGUGGCAAACCGCUCUACCUUAGCGAAGAUCGUUUCAAUUUACUCGAGUCUCAGUGGCUGUCGCAUAGAUUUGCUCAUACGAAACAUACUUGGGUAUGGCAUAGGGAUUCUCUCUAAUGUGGAAAAAAUAAAUAAAACUUUGCUCUUAGUGGGGAGAUGCGCAUUUCAAUAUAAAAUCUUUCCCAAUAUAUCCUUUUUACUUCAAUUCUUCCUACCUGCUCUUAUACCCUUUUCUUUAUUUAUCCUUAAAAAAAUUUAGAAAUUUUUUCUUUGUUUAUUUUGGAAUCAAAAAUAAUACAAAAUUUAUUAUAACGGAUUUUUUUUGUUGCGAAACAAUUAACAAAAUUGAUAAAAAAAAAUAUAUUUUUUUUGGACAAAAAAAAGUAAGAAAAA